UGACAUUGUGGGAAAAGCUAUUCAAGAACAUCCCUCCAUUCUGGAUAAUGUCAGCAAUUUCUUUAUGAGUGACUUGUGAGCAAUGGAGGAGCACAAAGCCAUCCUAAAAUUUUUCCGGAACCUCUCAGAGGAGGAGAAUGGGGACAUAAUACAAGGAGACACAGAGCUGAGUUUUAAUCAUGUAAAGAAAAAUGGGGAUAUGAGUUCUGAAGAAACUCUGAAGAACAGUAGAGACUUCUUAUCGCAUGCUAUAUCGCCUCAUGUUGGAGAGAAUACGACCCCUAACUCAGAGGGAUAUAUACCUUGGAGAGAAGCUGGAAAUGACUCAGAUAUGAGAGAGGAGAGGAAUAAUGUCAACCUCAGAGAGCAGCAAAGUGUGGCUGCAAACGCUGAAAAUGGCUCAGAGAAGCAGAUGUUUGCAACAAAUCAAGAACAGAAUAAGACACCAAAUGAAAAUUGUGACAAAGGUAAUGGCUGCAGCAAGGAAGAUUGUCACAUAUCUGAGAACUUGCUGCAUGAAAGAAUGAAUGAAUCUGUGCAACCAAGAUGUCAACUCAUUGCAAAUGACUCAGCAAAUACAGGUAGUGAUUGUGUUGCACCAGUCAGUGUCGAGCAGGACGACACUGAAGAUGCUAAUCAGAGAGAGAGAACAGAAGAAAAUGUUCACAGCCAGGAAGAUUUUAUUUCAAGUACUUACAAAAUCCAAACAUGCAGAGUGACCGUGACUCGGACAGGACCUGCAGUUGAGGAUGAACCUACACCAGCGCUAGAGGAAGCCUUUAGCCCUUCUUGCAUUCAAAAUGAAGAGAAGAACGAUGCAGAAGAGGACAGUUAUGACGAAGAAGAGAAAAGAGAUGUAUUUCCAGAUUUUUCUGCUCAAUCCCACCAUCCUUCCAUUCCAAAAGACGAAAAUAUCUUCAUAACAUCUGCAGCCAACAACCCUCCACCUGGAUCCACCUUGACUCGAGCCACCUUCUCCCCAGGCUCCUCCACGGACAAACAGAUCCAGCUCCCAGCCCUCUUCAGCGGCCUGAGGGUCCUCAGGAAGGGGGUGGUUGGGCCCGAGCACGACACCGUGGCGCAGAUCAAACCGUCUUCUCAAGGAGCAAGGAGGGACAUUUUCCCUGAGAGGCAAGGUGAUGCUAAAGUUCAGGGAGGCUUCCUGGGUCAGAUCUCCCAGUUCCUGAACCGGGAAAAGAGAGAUGAGAAAGAGGAGAGGAAGGAGGCUGAGGGAGAGCAGGAUGAGACUGAUGAGAUUGAAGAAGGUCAAGAGGGUGAUAGGAAAGAACCCGAAACAGAGGAGGAGGUUUCAACUGAGUCCACGAAACCUUCUGUGUCCAGUGCAGAGGCAGCAUUCGAUGCCUUUAAGGCCUUUUUCACCCCGAAGCCUUUAAAGAAGGACCCAGCAGAGAAGGUGGACCUGGAGGCAGUGAGGAAGAAGAUAAGAGCAGAUAAAGAUGUGCUGAGAGCGCUUUUUGAGAGAACCAAUAAGACCCCUGAGAAGAAAGACUCAGCUGAUGGCAAAUCAGAAGCAUCCACCCCAGCAGAGGGAGAGGAGAGAACUCCUGGCCGCCUACAAGCUGUCUGGCCGCCACUUAAAGAGGAAAAAGUUGGGCUGAAAUAUACAGAAGCAGAGCAUCAGGCUGCUCUGCUGCAGCUGAAGAGAGAAUGCAAAGAGGAGCUGGAGAAGUUACAGGAGGACUUUGGUCAUGAACUCUCCAGACUGAAGUUGGAGAAUGAGGAAAAUGUCGCCCGUCUGGAGCUCGCUCUGGCCGAGCUGCAGGCUGAACUCUCCCAGGUUGGGACCCGCCGUCAUGGAGAACUCAAAGAUGUCGCCGUAUCAACAGAAGACGACUUUUUACCCAAAUCUUUCCGCACAGUCUGCAUCCAGACAGACCGGGAGACUUUUGUAAAGACUCCUGAGGAUGGAGAGGCUGCAGGGAGAGGCUGCACCAGCCCUCAGCAGCAGAGGGUGACCCCAAAGAAGCUGGACCUGACUUCUAUCAGCCUCAGCUUGGCUGGUCAGAGGGACGAGACUUCCUCCUCAACACAUGAGCCUCCAUCCCAAACUCCUCCUCCACCUGGAGCCACGCUGCCUCCAGCAGAACAACCAUCUGCUCCUCCUCAGACAACCAAAACAGACAAUCGUCCUCCUCCUCCUCCUCCUCCACCUCCUCCAUGUUUGUCAUCACCCAUUAACAACAUGCAGCCAUCUAAAGUCCCUCCACCACCACCACCUCCUCCUCCUCCUCCUCCUCCUCCUCCAUCCCUGCCAGGCUUAGCACCACCACCGCCUCCUCCUCCAGCUGGAGGUUUCAUCAAUGAAACGCCUCCCAGGAAACCGACGGUGGAGCCUUCUCGACCCAUGAAGCCUCUUUACUGGACCAGAAUCCAGAUCCAGGACAACAAGAGCAACACACUGUGGAGCGUUUUAGAGGAGCCACAUAUAAUCAACACCAGCGAGUUUGAGGAUCUCUUCGCUAAAACCACCACACAUACCAAGAGGAAGCCACUGUCAGAGGCUUUUGUCAAGAAAGCCAAAGCAAGGAAGAUCAUAAAGCUGUUGGACGGAAAGCGCUCUCAGGCUGUAGGCAUCCUCAUAUCGAGUCUCCACCUGGAGAUGAAGGACAUACAGCAAGGUCACUGUACUGGCGUAGAUCAAUCUGUGGUGGACUUGGAGACCAUCGAAGCGCUGUAUGAAAAUAGAGCGCAGCCAGAAGAACUGGAGAGGAUCAGGAAGCAUUACGAGACGUCGGAGGAAGAAGACAUUAAACUGCUGGACAAACCUGAACAGUUCCUGUAUGAGCUGUCUCAGAUCCCAGACUUUGCAGGCAGAGCUCACUGCAUCAUCUUUCAGUCGACCUUCAUCGAUGGGAUCGCGUCUAUCCAACGCAAGCUCAAUACAGUUUCAUGUGUCUGUAAGGCUCUGCUGGAGAGCGAUGGUGUAAAAGAUGUGGUGGGACUGGUGUUGGCUCUGGGGAACCACAUGAACGGAGGCAACAGGACCAGAGGUCAGGCCGACGGCUUCGGCCUAGAGAUUCUACCCAAACUAAAGGACGUCAAGAGCAGAGACAAUCGAAUCAGCCUGGUGGACUGUGUGUCAUACUAUCUGCAAAAUGUGGAUAAGAACGCCGGCACAGACAAGAGCAUGUUCCCUCUUCCUGAACCUCAGGACGUCUUCCUGGCUGCGCAGGUCAAGUUUGAUGACCUCAACAGAGACCUGAGACAGCUCGGACGAGAUCUGACAAGAUGCGAGAAAGAUGUACAGAACGUUUGCUCUGAUUCUCCUGAAGAAAACCUGCAGCCAUUUAAGGACAAGAUGGAGGCUUUUGUUCUCAGUGCACGAAAAGAACACGCAGAAGCUUCCUAUCAGUUGUCGACUGUACAAAAAAGUUUUCAGGACUUGGCUCUUUACUUUGGACUGAAGCCCAAGACGGGAGAGAAGGAGGUGACCACCGGUCAUUUCUUUAUGCUCUGGUUUGAGUUUUGUGCCGACUUCAAGGUCAGGUGGAAGAGGGAGAACAAGAUCAUCUCCAAGGAGAGAUUAAAAGAGGCUCAGCUUUCAGUGAAGAGGAUCACAUCAGAAAAGAAGGUGGAGACCAGAAAGAACAACCCUAACAGCCUGAAAGAGAGGCUACGUCAGAAAGAAGCCAACAUGUCUUCAACCUAACAGACUCAGAGGUAGCUGAUACAUCAUGAUCAUUACACACACACACACACACACACACACACACACACAACCA